AUUUUCUAGAAUAUUUUUUCUAAAUGUAAUCUCACUGAGUAAGUGAAAUUAUGCUGCAUUGCUGCAUGUUCCCUGUUUUGUUCGGUUCAUUCUGAUAAUUUAUGCAAGCAGUGAAAAGAUGCUAUUGGAUCUUACUACAGACCGUGAUUGAAACUUGCAAUUUGUGAUCCGUGCUUUCUCCUCCCAGAAGCUGUCACCAUGCACCACCGUCCUUACAGCUGUGCAUUUCUGACAUAGUGCUGUACCUGCUCCCCGGUUUCUCUUAAAAAUCUGUUAUCAGCUAAGAAAAGGAAACAAGCUUUUGAUCCUGUGUGUUUUGAAAAGGGAAAAAUAAGAAAAACCUUUACUGGUGCUUUUUUGUUUUUAAUGCAGUAACGAACAUACUGUCGAGCAAUCACAGGUAGGGGAAGGGUGUAGGUGGUAGGAAAGCUUGGAAGAAGAACAGCAUCAGCUAUGAAGAAUUUUGUUUUCCUGGUCUGUAAGCGAUGCUGCUGUAAUUCUAUCUGCAUUUUUUUUUCUGCUCAUUCACCACUCAGCAGCUGGUAGGGAAGUAAGACUGCCUGGCAACCACCUGCAGAGCUGCAGAGAUGAAUUACAUUUUCGGAAAUAACACACUCCUCUAUUCUCGCGCCAAUCGAGGCAACACGGGCUCAAGCCAUAGCUCCAUAGGCCCAAAGCAGAAGCAGUGGGCAAAGAAAGGCUCGGCAGAUGAGUUACGAGCGGAGCCUUCCCGCUGGCAGCAGAUACUUGCAUUUUUCACUCGGAGACAUGGUUUCAUUGACUGCAUUUCUGUUGCUGCCAGCUCCACCCAGCCUACAGAAGCUGUUCCUUCCUCUUCUCCCAUUGUCCCUGUGAUCCCUGUCCCACCAGUCCCUGCUGAGACCACUGUCAUCCCAUCCACCAUACCACAGGCAAACCCACCUCCAGUUCUGGUGAAUACAGAUUCUUUGGACACUCCAACAUACGUCAAUGGCACAGAUGCAGAUUAUGAGUAUGAAGAAAUUACUCUUGAAAGGGGAAAUUCAGGACUUGGCUUUAGCAUUGCAGGUGGCACAGACAACCCACAUAUUGGGGAUGAUUCAGGUAUUUUCAUUACAAAAAUUAUAGCCGGAGGUGCAGCUGCACAGGACGGAAGAUUACGGGUUAAUGAUUGUAUCCUACGAGUAAAUGAGGUUGAUGUUCGUGAUGUGACACACAGCAAAGCAGUUGAAGCAUUGAAAGAAGCGGGAUCAAUUGUGCGAUUGUAUGUCAAAAGAAGAAAACCAGUGACAGAAAAAGUAGUGGAAAUAAAACUUGUAAAAGGCCCUAAAGGUCUUGGUUUCAGUAUUGCUGGCGGUGUAGGAAAUCAGCACAUACCUGGAGACAACAGCAUCUACGUAACCAAAAUAAUUGAAGGAGGGGCAGCCCACAAAGAUGGCAAACUUCAAAUUGGUGACAAACUUUUAGCUGUGAAUAGUGUUUGCUUAGAAGAAGUUACUCAUGAAGAAGCGGUGACUGCCUUAAAAAACACUUCUGACUUUGUUUAUCUGAAAGUUGCAAAACCCACCAGCAUGUUCAUGAAUGAUAGUUACGCCCCUCCUGACAUCACAAACUCUUAUUCUCAACCAGUGGACAACCAUAUCACUCCUUCUGCCUACUUAGGACAGUCCCUUCCCCCAGCAUCUCCAGGGCGAUAUUCACCAAUUCCAAAGGGAAUGCUUGGAGAUGAUGAGAUUACCAGGGAGCCUAGAAAGGUUGUCCUGCAUCGAGGAUCAACGGGUCUUGGUUUCAACAUUGUUGGAGGAGAAGAUGGAGAAGGAAUUUUCAUCUCUUUCAUCCUUGCAGGAGGACCAGCUGACCUCAGUGGAGAACUUAGGAAAGGCGAUCGUAUAAUUUCUGUGAAUGGAGUCGACCUGAAGGCAGCCACCCAUGAACAAGCAGCAACAGCUUUGAAGAAUGCAGGCCAAGCAGUAACUAUUGUGGCUCAGUACCGUCCAGAAGAAUACAGUCGUUUUGAAGCUAAAAUACAUGAUUUACGGGAGCAGAUGAUGAACAGUAGCAUUAGUUCAGGAUCAGGAUCUUUGCGAACCAGCCAGAAGAGAUCCCUAUACGUCAGAGCUCUAUUUGAUUAUGACAAGACUAAAGACAGUGGCCUUCCAAGUCAAGGACUGAACUUCAAAUUUGGUGAUAUUCUCCAUGUCAUUAAUGCUUCUGAUGAUGAAUGGUGGCAAGCAAGGCAGGUAACUCCAGAUGGAGAAAGUGAUGAAAUCGGAGUUAUCCCAAGCAAACGCAGAGUUGAGAAAAAAGAACGAGCCCGUUUAAAGACAGUGAAAUUCAAUUCCAAGACAAGAGGAGAGAAAGGGGAGGUCCCUGACGACAUGGGAUCAAAAGGCCUGAAGCAUGUAACCUCUAAUGCCAGCGAUAGUGAAAGUAGUUACCGUGGCCAAGAGGAAUAUGUCCUGUCUUACGAACAAGUCAAUCAACAAGAAGUGAACUAUACUCGACCUGUGAUUGUUUUGGGACCCAUGAAAGACAGAAUUAACGACGAUCUGAUUUCAGAAUUUCCAGACAAAUUUGGCUCAUGUGUUCCACAUACUACUAGACCAAAACGAGAUUAUGAGGUGGAUGGACGUGAUUACCAUUUUGUCACUUCUCGAGAGCAAAUGGAGAAGGAUAUUCAGGAGCACAAAUUCAUUGAAGCUGGCCAGUACAAUAAUCAUCUUUAUGGAACAAGUGUGCAAUCAGUGCGAGAAGUAGCAGAAAAGGGUAAACAUUGUAUUCUUGAUGUUUCUGGUAAUGCGAUCAAAAGGUUGCAGAUUGCCCAGCUGUACCCAAUCUCCAUUUUUAUUAAACCCAAAACAGUGGAAAAUAUCAUGGAAAUGAAUAAACGCUUAACGGAAGAACAAGCCAGGAAGACAUUUGAGAGGGCAAUGAAACUGGAGCAAGAGUUUACUGAACACUUCACAGCUAUUAUCCAAGGAGACACACUGGAAGAAAUCUACAACCAAGUGAAACAGAUCAUAGAGGAACAAUCUGGGCCUUACAUCUGGGUUCCAGCAAAGGAAAAAUUAUGAAAACGGAUUUUUGCUUUCCAUUUUCUAACUGGUAUCACCUACUACAUCUGACAACUCUUAAGCCCUUCCAGUGGAGCCUGCCUCUAGUUCCUCCCAGCGUGGUUCAUACCCUAACCAUCACAUUCUGCAGUUCCCAUAACGCUUUAAAUUUGAUGUCUCUCUUAGUUUAAAUAAUUUGUAUUAUUGUGUGUUGUUGGUUUGCCAUUUUUCAAACAUGACAGUGGAAUGGCCUGACCAGCUAUUACUUUGGGGUGGGGGUGGGAGGGGAUUGCUUGGUAAAAUUCCUUAAUGUUUAAGGGAAAGUAACUUUCAAAGAUUUUUCAAAAAAGCUUUAUAGACAUUCUUUUAAAGUUUCAUAACAAUUGAAAGAAAAGUUGUAUUCCAGGAAGUUGUAAAUCAUGAGUAACUUUGCACGCUUAACUUUAAUAGCAUGGUUUGGUCAGCGCAAUCAAUUUCAGGUUUUAUUUUCUGAGUUAAAUUCUAUUCUCACAGAUAUUUUUUUUUUCU